AUGCUUUCAAACUUGUUGUGGUACAUUUGUAUACUAAUUUCAUCCUUCAUUUCCACUACUCAUUCUUAUAAUAACAAAUGCUUUCGUCAUCAGGAGAUCUUGUUGCUUCAACUCAAGGAUGAGUUGAUCUUUGAUUCUUCUCUUUCAACAAAGCUGGUGCGAUGGAAUGAAAGUGGCGAGUGCUGCAAGUGGCACGGUGUAGAAUGUGAUGCUUCUGGCCACAUUGUUAGUUUGCAGCUCGAUGAUGAGGCCAUCUCUGGUGGAAUUGGGGAUUCGUCGAGUCUCUUCAGAUUUGAAUAUCUGCAGAAGCUCAACCUCGCCUUUAAUAAUCUAUACUUGAACUACACUCCCAUUCCAAAAGGAAUUGGCAAUCUGACAUAUUUGACACACUUGAAUUUGUCAUAUGCUGGUUUUGGUGGGCAGGUUCCUUUUGAAAUUUCAUCGUUGACAAGAUUGGCUAGUCUCGAUAUCUCCACCCGGCGUGGUACUCUAAGUCUCGAGCACCCAAAUUUGGAGAUGCUUGUCCAAAAUCUAACAAGGCUUGAAGAGAUUCAUGUCGAUUUGUCAUUUAACUACUUGACCGGCUCACUUCCUUCUACAUUGUUUGAAGGACUUUCCAAUCUUGUUCGCCUAGAUUUGAGUUAUAAUUCAUUCUCUGGCAACAUUCCCCACUCUCUGUCGGGUCUCCCUUCGUUGUUGGAACUUGAUCUUAGGAAAAACCAAUUUAAUGGUACUUUUCAACUAGACAACUUUCGAAGCCUUCCCAAUCUCAUAUUGCUUGGUCUAUCUGAUAACAGCUUGUCGGUAGAUGUUGGCAACAUCAGUUCAAGUUCACAUGGAUGUUUCCGGUUAAAAGUGUUAUACCUAGCUUCGUGUAACUUGUCCAACUUUCCCGAUUUCAUCAAACAUUUGAAUUUGGAAGAACUGAAUCUAUCAAACAAUAGUAUUGCAGGGGAGAUACCUAGUUGGAGCUGGGGAACACAACUUAGCUAUUUGGACCUUUCCUUUAAUCUUCUGACAGAUAUGCAAAAGCCUUACCACAUGCCAGCCUCUCUUGGGAUCCUAUACUUGCAAUCUAACCAGCUUGGGGGUGAGUUGCAGUUGUCCAUUCCACUUGAAUCUGAACUCUUGUCCUUGUCUCUUGCUAAUAACAGUUUAAGUGGAUUAAUUCCAACCUCCCUCUGCAAUGCCACACAUCUUAACACUCUUGACUUGUCUGGAAAUAAAUUAAGUGGUAGCAUGCCCCGUUGCCCACUUGAUAAUAUUUGGUUUCUCGAUCUGAGUCAAAACAACAUCAGUGGCGAAAUUCCAGAUAUUUUUCCUAUGAAAUGUGUGCUACAAUAUCUUGAUCUUAACAACAAUAAUCUUGAAGGGAAGAUCCCAAAGUCCCUCGAAAGUUGCCAUUCGUUGAACUACAUGAAUGUUGGAAACAACAUGAUGAACAACACUUUCCCAUGCAUAGUAUCAUCGAUAUUGGGUGUUCUUGUUUUGCACUCCAAUAGAUUCCAUGGGGAAGUAAGAUGUCACGCUAGUUGGCCAAAUCUCCAAAUUCUGGAUAUAUCAUCGAAUCAGUUUACUGGUGGUCUUGACUCAUUCAACUUCUCAAGUUGGACGGCUAUGGCGCUACCGAGUGAUGGAAAAUUGGGCCGCAUUAAUUACAACAUGCGGAGGUCUAGCCUAACAUUAACCAUGAAAGGGCAAAUGGUAGAUGUUUAUAACAUUUGGUCAAGUUUUGGUACCAUUGAUUUGUCUUCCAAUAAUUUUCAUGGAAAGAUACCAAAUGCAAUUGGAGAUCUCAACUCACUUUAUCAACUCAACUUCUCCCACAAUGCCCUCGAUGGAAGCAUCCCAAAAUCAUUUGGUCAGUUGAGUAAUCUCGAAUCACUCGACCUCUCUGUAAACCAACUAGUUGGGCCAAUCCCAGAGGAGCUCGGAGGGCUCACAUUCCUUGCACACUUGAAUCUCUCCUACAAUAUGUUUGUUGGAGCGAUCCCAAAAGGUCGUCAAAUUCAAACAUUCUCAGCUGAUUCAUUUGAAGGAAAUUUGGGGCUAUGCGGUUUCCCUCUCGACAUAAAUUGCAGUAAUACUAAUUUACCACCACCGGGAUUUGAUGAAAAUGUGGAAGAGGAGAUGGAGAUAGAGUGGGAAUAUGUGUGUGCUGCAGUUGGAUAUGUUGUGGGAGUAGGAAGCAUCGUGUGGCUGCUUUUAUUCUGUCGAAGCUUCAGAGAGAAAUAUUUCGGCAAAAUAGAAGAGGUUGUUGAAGGCAUGUUCAUCGCCAGAGACAUGAGAAGAAGACGUGCAAGAAGAGAAGCAGCAGUGAGGAAUCGAGCCGGGAGACAUUAG